AUGGGCUCUUUUGGUGAAAAUAGUCAUGGUUCGAUUAUUCUACUCUACCAUCCUUGUGCCGAUCAAAACGAGUUACAAAAACUACGCAGAAUUGUUACCAAUUGUCUUUACCGCCAUAUUAUCACGCCCUACAACAAGCUCUCUGCAAUAAGGCCGUUCGCUCUGGUAUCCUGGGGAUCGCUGUUAGAAAUGAAUCAUGUGGACGAGCGUGAGAGUAUCGCCUUCAUAAAG